AUGCUCUCUCUACCCCUCAUCACGCCUCGCGAUUCCCAUGAACUCUGGUUUGGUUCCUCCCAACCCUACCGUUCUUCAUUCCAUUACCAUCAAAAUUCUGGGGAGACAAAUAACCACCAUCAUUCCCGUCGCAACAAUGGCUCCGCCGCCCACCUGAACAGCCGCACACUGAUUUCAUCAACUAUUCCUGCCAACGGUCUCUCUGCCCUACUCCUCGAAGAGCGUGCUUUACGUACACGCAAGCAGAAUAUUGCCUCCUUCGGGUAUUCGUGGAUCAAGCCUGCAGGAUGUACGAAGACCAUGCUGGGCAUGAAGGAAGAGGAGGCGGAGAGAGAAGAAGCUAUGGCUGCUGCCGCUGCAGAGAUGGCGGCCACUGCUGCUGAUCCCAGCUUCAUGGAUGGUCCACAGAUGGAUAUGGAUGGCCAAAAUGAUCAGAUUAUGGAAAGGGAUUUGGACGACUAUAUUCCUGAAGCGGAUGGUGAAGGUCUAGUGGAGGAAGGGGAAGAAGGUCUAGAAGAGGAUUACGAUGAGGAUGACGAGGAUGGCUUCAUGGACCGGGAUCUAGACGACGAUAUCCCCGAAGGGUUUCAAGAUGAUGAUGAGAACGAUGAAUCGAUUGCGGAUGAUGGUUUCGAUGAUCAACCAGAUCUGGAUGACGAUAUCCCUGAGGCGGACGAUAAUGAUGAAGAUGAAGAUGAAGAUGAUGAUGAUGAUGAUGACGAUGGCGACGAUGGUAUGGCCCGCGACUUAGACGAAGACAUCCCCGAAGCAGCUGAGGCGGCAUCCGAAGAAGACGAAUGGCAACACACAGACACCGAUGCCGAAAUCGAUGAUGAUGGCAACGAGCAAGACCUUUCUCCGCGUGAUAUAUUCGCUGAGAAUCUCAGAGCUAGUACGUCCAGUAGCGUUGGCCUCCCACAGCUACCAUCUCAACUCCAAACACGAAGGAACCAAAAUUCUCGAGCGCAUCGGCCAUUUCUGCCCCGUUGGAGUGGCAGCAGUGUCACCGAUGCUUUCAGCUCCAGCGGCAUGAUGCUAGAUGAAGAAGAUCUCCGCGCGUCUAUCACCAGCAUCGGCAGCCGCCAGAGUAUCUUCAGCAGGAGAUUCCCUCGACGAUUCGGGGGUCCCAGGGACAGUUUAGAAUAA